AUAGCAGUGUACGUACAGCUGCCCGGCUCUGCACUGCCCGCGCUGGAGUGAAGCUGUUCUGUCUUUAAACGCAAACUGCUCCUCGUCCUUAAGUAGCCUGGAAGCUGCAAAUUGUCUCGAGAUCGCUUCAGAGGUCUUAUCAAGCAGAAGGUGAUGCUAGGAGAUGAUUUAAAGGUGAAAAUGAGAAGGUUUCCACCCCUCAAACCUCGGCCACUUUUCUGACGGCAGUGCCUGAGAGCUCAGAUGUCGUCUUUACUCUGGGAACAGGAUUUGUAACAAGAGAUUUUUUUUUUUGUCCUCGUAAUCCUGAUAAAGAAGAUUAUUGGGAAGCUAUUAAAAAUCCCUUAUUGUGGUGCAGAUGGAUUUUAAAAAGUGUUAGACCUUUCCAAUGAACACUAAUAGAGUGCUCUGCUCUUGGCUGGAUUACUCAGAGAAUGGCAGUGGUCUCUGCAAUGUCCUGGGUCCUGUAUUUGUGGAUAAGUGCCUGUGCAAUGCUGCUCUGUCAGGGAUCCCUCCAUCACACUUUCCAGCAGCAUCACCUGCACAGACCAGGAAAGACUCUUUCUGUGAAUCAGAUUUUCCAGUGGGAAGGAGGAACGUGUGAAGUUAUAGCAGCACACAGAUGCUGUAAUAAGAAUCGAAUUGAGGAAAGAUCACAAACAGUAAAAUGCUCCUGUCUACCUGGGAAAGUGGCUGGGACUACACGAAACAGACCUUCCUGUGUUGAUGCUUCAAUAGUGAUUGGGAAAUGGUGGUGUGAGAUGGAGCCCUGCCUAGAAGGAGAGGAAUGUAAGACGUUGCCUGAUAAUUCUGGAUGGAUGUGUGCGACUGGCAAUAAAAUCAAGACCACCAGAAUCCACCCAAGGACCUAACAGAGCCUGCAUGGAGGCAGUGAAAGCCCAGCUGAUUUAUGAGGACAAAGUAUCAAAAGUUGAAAACCAUCUCAGCAUUUACAAGCCAAAUGGAUUUCUUAUUUGCACUCUGACUGUUUACCAGAUGACAACAGUGGCUUUACUGUGUGAAAGAGAGCAUUCUGUGGAAAUAACGCCCCUGGUUUUUGACAGCUGAAAAGAAAAAUGAAGAAAAAUGGUUCCUUUGCUAAAGUUUCUGAGAUUACAAAGUACAAACAACAGUAUAAGUUUGGAUCUACAAUUUACUUUAUACCAUUUAAAGUAUAUAUAUAGAAAUAUAUAUAUAUUAAUAUAUGAUAUUUUGAAAUAAAAGCCUCACUCUUCAAGAAAUUAAAUAGUACCACACUUUGCUGCA